UCCGUCCCGGAGGCAGGUUUAGCGGGAGAAGCCGCAGUCCCGGCGGCUCGGGCGCAGCGCGGAGCGCCGAUCGCGCUUGGCAUGGCCCCGCGCGCGGGAGUCCAUGUCAGCAGCCCAGCCACGGCGGUCGUGAACUUGGCGACGCGCUCCUGCGGCCCAGCCUCUGUCAUGUAGUCGCCGGCGGCGCUCCCCGCAGCUCGGGAGCCGCAGCGCGAUCCAGACACAGCGGAGCAGCCCGGGCUUCCCUGGGAGGCGCCGAGCGCGCCGCCACCCCUCGGGCGCCACUUUGGGCCGAAGAGGGACAUGGGGGAGAAAGUUUCCGAGGCGCCCGAGCCCGUGCCCCGGGGCUGCAGCGGACAAGGCGCCCGGACUCUAGUCUCGCCGGCGGCAGCCGUGUCCUCGGAGGGCGCUUCCUCAGCGGAGUCAUCCUCUGGCUCGGAAACUCUGUCGGAGGAAGGGGAGCCCGGCCGCUUCUCCUGCAGGUCGCAGCCGCCGCGGCCGCCGGGCGGCGCCCUGGGAACCCGGCUACCCGCCGCGUGGGCUCCCGCGCGUGUGGCUCUGGAGCGUGGAGUUCCUACCCUGCCGCUGCCGCACCCGGGAGGAGCGGUACUGCCGGUGCCCCAGGUCAGCAGCGCAUCCCAAGAGGAGCAGGAUGAAGAGCUUGACCACAUACUGUCUCCGCCACCCAUGCCAUUUCGGAAAUGCAGCAACCCAGAUGUGGCCUGUGGCCUCGGAAAGUCACUGAAGUACAAGAGACAGCUUAGUGAAGAUGGGAAGCAGCUUCGGCGGGGGAGCCUGGGAGGAGCCCUCACAGGGAGGUACCUCCUUCCAAACCCGGUAUCAGGACAGGCCUGGCCUGCCUCGGCGGAGACGUCCAACCUCGUGCGCAUGCGCAGCCAGGCCCUCGGCCAGUCGGCUCCCUCGCUCACAGCCAGCUUGGAAGGGCAGCCUCCGAAGAGCCAUUUCAACUCAGCUCGACAUCGGCAGAGACUAGUGGACCCAGCUGCUUCAAAAAAGGAGCUGAGCCUCCCCCGAAGAGGAAGUCUUUGCCGGACAAGCAACCGGAAGAGUUUGAUAGGCAAUGGCCAGUCUCCUGCACUGCCUAGACCACACUCACCUCUCUCUGCUCAUGCAGGAAAUAGCCCUCAAGACAGUCCAAGGAAUUUCUCCCCCAGUGCCUCUGCCCAUUUCUCAUUUGCGAGGAGAAAUGACAGAACUGAUGGGCGCCGCUGGUCUCUGGCUUCUCUCCCCUCCUCAGGCUAUGGGACAAAUACCCCAAGCUCCACCGUCUCUUCAUCCUGUUCCUCCCAGGAGAAGUUGCACCAGUUACCAUACCAGCCAACCCCAGAUGAAUUACACUUCUUGUCCAAACACUUCUGCACAACGGAAAGCAUCGCCACUGAGAGCCGGUGCCGAAACACACCCAUGCGUCCGCGUUCCCGCAGUCUCAGCCCUGGACGUUCCCCUGCCUGCUGUGACCAUGAAAUAAUUAUGAUGAACCAUGUCUACAAAGAAAGGUUCCCAAAGGCCACGGCUCAGAUGGAAGAGCGUCUGAAGGAAAUCAUCACCAGCUACUCUCCAGACCAUGUUCUCCCCUUGGCAGAUGGAGUGCUUAGCUUUACUCACCAUCAGAUCAUUGAGCUGGCUCGGGACUGUUUGGAUAAAUCUCACCAGGGUCUCAUCACGUCCAGAUAUUUUUUUGAAUUGCAGCACAAACUGGACAAGUUGCUACAGGAGGCUCAUGAUCGCUCUGAAAGUGGAGAACUGGCAUUUAUCAAGCAGCUAGUCCGAAAGAUCCUAAUUGUCAUUGCCCGCCCCGCUCGGCUAUUGGAGUGUUUGGAAUUUGAUCCUGAAGAAUUUUAUUACCUAUUGGAAGCUGCAGAAGGUCAUGCCAAAGAAGGCCAAGGAAUCAAAACCGACAUCCCGAGGUACAUCAUUAGCCAGCUGGGACUCAAUAAGGACCCUUUGGAAGAAAUGGCUCAGUUGGGGAAUUACGACAGUAGGACAGCAGAGACACCAGAGACGGAUGAGUCAGUGAGUAGUUCAAAUACUUCCCUGAGACUUCGAAGGAAACCCCGAGAGAGUGAUUUUGAAACAAUUAAAUUGAUCAGCAAUGGAGCCUAUGGGGCAGUCUACUUUGUUCGGCAUAAAGAAUCCCGGCAGAGGUUUGCCAUGAAGAAGAUCAACAAGCAGAACCUCAUCCUUCGGAACCAGAUCCAGCAGGCCUUCGUGGAGCGCGACAUCCUGACUUUCGCAGAGAACCCCUUUGUGGUCAGCAUGUAUUGCUCCUUCGAAACGAGGCGUCACUUAUGCAUGGUCAUGGAGUAUGUGGAAGGGGGAGACUGUGCGACCCUAAUGAAAAACAUGGGACCUCUCCCAGUUGAUAUGGCCAGGAUGUAUUUCGCUGAGACGGUCUUGGCCUUGGAGUAUCUGCAUAAUUACGGAAUCGUACACAGGGACUUGAAGCCAGACAACCUGUUGGUCACCUCCAUGGGGCACAUAAAGCUGACUGACUUCGGCUUAUCUAAGGUGGGAUUAAUGAGCAUGACCACCAAUCUCUAUGAAGGCCACAUAGAGAAGGAUGCUCGAGAGUUCUUAGAUAAACAGGUCUGUGGUACACCUGAAUACAUUGCCCCCGAGGUGAUUCUGAGACAGGGCUACGGGAAACCUGUGGACUGGUGGGCCAUGGGCAUUAUCCUCUAUGAAUUUCUGGUUGGAUGUGUGCCUUUCUUUGGGGACACUCCAGAAGAGCUAUUUGGACAAGUCAUCAGUGAUGAAAUCAACUGGCCUGAAAAGGAUGAGGCCCCUCCUCCAGAUGCUCAAGAUCUGAUUACCUUGCUCCUCAGGCAGAAUCCGCUGGAGAGGCUGGGAACAGGUGGAGCCUAUGAAGUGAAGCAGCAUCGUUUCUUCCGCUCCCUAGACUGGAACAGUUUGCUGAGACAGAAGGCGGAAUUUAUUCCCCAACUGGAAUCGGAGGAUGACACAAGUUAUUUUGAUACUCGGUCAGAGAAGUAUCAUCACAUGGAGACGGAGGAGGAAGACGAUACAAACGAUGAGGACUUCACCGUGGAGAUAAGGCAGUUUUCUUCCUGUUCACACAGGUUUUCAAAAGUUUUCAGCAGUAUAGAUCGAAUAACUCAAAAUUCAGGAGAAGACAAAGAUGACUCCGAGGACAAGACCAAAAGCACAACUUUGCCAUCCACAGAGACACUCAGCUGGAGUUCAGAAUACUCUGAAAUGCAACAGUUAUCGACCUCCAACUCUUCAGAUACUGAAAGCAACAGGUGCAAACUCAGCUCAGGCUUGCUCCCCAAGCUGGCUAUUUCGACAGACGGGGAACAAGAUGAGGCUGUCCCUUGCUCUGGAGACCUCAGAGAGGAGCCGGAGAAACCUGUCCUUCCUCCUGAGGAGUGUACUCAGGAGGAGCCCGAGGUCACCACCCCAGCCAGCACCAUCAGCAGUUCCACCCUGUCAGUUGGCAGUUUUUCAGAGCACUUGGAUCAGAUAAAUGGGCGAAGCGAGUGCGUGGACAGUACAGAUAAUUCCUCAAAGCCAUCCAGUGAAUCUACUUCUCACAUGGCUCGACAGCGCUUAGAAAGCACAGAGAAAAAGAAAAUUUCGGGGAAAGUCACAAAGUCCCUCUCGGCCAGUGCUCUGUCCCUCAUGAUCCCAGGAGAUAUGUUUGCUGUAUCUCCAUUGGGAAGUCCAAUGUCCCCACACUCCCUGUCUUCAGACCCUUCUUCCUCACGGGACUCCUCUCCCAGCCGAGACUCUUCUGCAGCGUCUGCCAGUCCGCACCAGCCCAUCGUGAUCCACAGUUCAGGAAAGAACUAUGGGUUCACCAUCCGAGCCAUCCGCGUGUACGUGGGGGACAGUGACAUCUACACGGUGCACCAUAUCGUCUGGAAUGUAGAAGAAGGAAGUCCCGCAUACCAGGCAGGACUAAAGGCCGGGGAUCUGAUCACACACAUCAACGGAGAGCCGGUGCACGGCCUCGUCCACACAGAAGUUAUUGAGCUCCUGCUGAAGAGUGGGAAUAAGGUGUCGAUCACCACCACCCCAUUUGAAAACACAUCAAUCAAAACGGGACCCGCCAGGAGAAACAGUUACAAGGGCCGGAUGGUGAGACGAAGCAAGAAGUCCAAGAAGAAGGAGAGUCUAGAAAGGAGGAGAUCUCUCUUCAAGAAGCUGGCCAAGCAGCCUUCUCCACUGCUUCACACCAGCCGAAGUUUCUCCUGCUUAAACCGAUCCCUGUCAUCUGGAGAGAGCCUCCCGGGCUCCCCGACUCACAGCUUGUCCCCACGGUCUCCGACACCCAGCUACCGUUCUACCCCCGAUUUCCCGUCAGGCACAAAUUCCUCCCAGAGCAGCUCCCCAAGUUCAAGUGCCCCCAAUUCUCCAGCAGGUUCAGGGCACAUCCGGCCCAGCACCCUCCAUGGUCUGGCCCCCAAACUCAGCGGGCAGCGAUACCGCUCUGGAAGACGGAAGUCGGCUGGCAGCAUCCCUCUCUCCCCGCUGGCCAGGACACCCUCUCCAACUCCACAACCUACCUCUCCUCAGCGUUCCCCGUCCCCACUGUUGGGACACUCGCUGGGCAAUGCCAAGAUCACUCAGGCCUUUCCUAGCAAGAUGCACUCUCCCCCCACAAUCGUCAGACACAUCGUGAGGCCCAAGAGUGCAGAGCCGCCCCGUUCCCCACUGCUGAAGCGGGUGCAGUCAGAGGAGAAGUUGUCACCCUCCUAUGGCAGUGACAAGAAGCUCCUGUGCUCCCGCAAGCAUAGCCUGGAGGUGACACAAGAGGAGGUGCAGAGGGAGCAGUGUCAGCGGGAAGUGACACUGCAGAGCCUGGAAGAGAAUGUGUGUGAUGCGCCUUCCCUCAGUCGGGCCAGGCCAGUGGAGCAAGGCUGUCUGAAACGCCCCGUGUCCCGGAAGGUGGGCAGGCAAGAGUCCGUGGAUGACCUGGACCGGGACAAGCUGAAGACCAAGGUUGUUGUAAAGAAACCAGAGGAGAAACACGAAUCACACCAGAAACCUCACAGCCUUGGUGGUGAUUCAGAAAGCUACGCUCUCUUCAGGCUGGAGGAGAGAGAGAAAAAAGUGUACCCCAAGGGGUUGGAGAGGUCAGGCCAUUUUGAAAACGCAUCAGCAGAGUCACCUUCUAUGGGCAGCCUGCUGAAGGACACUCUUCACAAGCAGGCCAGUGUGAGGGCCAGCGAGGGGGUGGCCUCAGACGGGGCAGCUUGCAACCUGACACCAGGGGAGCACAGCCAGUCUCCAGGUGACUUUAAACGGGCCUCGGCGUCUGGCGUCCUCCAUGAGAGUGUGUGCCCCAUCUCUGACAGGCCUGCCCCUGGAAAGGUUGAAUACUCCGAGAAGGCCCCUCAGGCCAAAGAGCUCCUUCGAAGUGAGAAACUAGACAGCAAGCUGGCCAACCUUGAUUACCUCAGAAAGAAAAUGUCACUGGAUGACAAAGAUGACAGCCACUGUGCCAUCCUGAAACCCAAGAUAACAUCUAGCACCCAUGAAUGCCUGUCAGGGAACCCCAUACGGCCCAUGGCAGGGCAACAGGAGACCCUGCCAGCCUCUGAGAACCGGGCAUUCAUCAACAGUACCCACACAUCUCAGAUGAGUGCUGUUUCCUUUGUUCCUCUCAAAGCCUUAGCUGGCCGGGUAGAGAAUGGAGGGGAGAAAGCAGGCUUAGCUGCUCCCGAGUCCCCUGUCAGGAAGAGCCCCUCCGAGUAUAAGCUGGAGGGCAGGUCAGUUUCAUGUCUCAAGCCGAUCGAGGGCACACUGGACAUUGCUCUCCUGUCCGGACCUCACGCCUCCAAAACAGAGUUGCCUUCCCCAGAGCCUGCACAGAGUCCCAGCCCAGGCAUCCACGUGGCACCAUGUGUGCCACCAGCUCUUCCCGGGAGCAGUGGGAAAAAGGGAGACCCCACCAGCCUGAGAGAGCCUUCCUCAGCCAACUUAAAAGUAAAUAAAUCUUACCUGCUGGAGCCUCGGUUCCUACCCCCGAGCCGGGCUCUCCAGGACUCUCUCGCAGCUCCUGGGCCAGAACCGAAGUCAAAGCAGGAAAGGAAGCUCAUUCAUCCUUCUGUCAGGAGUACAGCAGUUGUCGCAGAGAGCAACCUUCAGCAGAAAGAGGGUGGUCCCACCACGCACCAAGACCGCUCCACAGACACCAGGGUCCUCCCUAGCUCAGGGCAGGCCCUACACAAUGUGGACCUACCCAGGCUGUGUACACGUGCCCCACUCCCACCGGAAGGGACGCCCUCAAAGGAGAAGCCAUGUCUGAAGGAACCCUCUGCCAAGGUGAAAAGCGAGUGGUCUGCCGUGAGGGAUGCCGGACACAGAGAUCCCUGUGCGAAGCUGUGCCCUGCGGAGUCUGGUAAAGCCAGCGACAGUUCCAAACCCCUGCCUUCCGCGGGGAGGACCCAACCCGAUUUCUACAAGCAGACCCAGACUUCGGAGAAAGCAUGGGCGCAUGCAAAAACCAACCACAGAGAUAGCCAAGAUGAGGUGAAGUCCACGGCCAGGGAGGACUCAGCUUCACUUUUGUAUGAAAAGGAGAUAGGCCGGGCAAGGAAAGGUCCAGAACCCAAACCGGAAGUUCCCGCUACCGGGUGCCCUCCCCAGGCACCAGGAAUUGAGGGCGAGAAGCGGGAAAAGCUCUCCGCUGCACCCUCUUUGCAGAAACAGGCUCCCAAAGAGCCAGACAGGAAGGAGCAGGCCCCGCAAAGGCCUGGAGGCAGUGGCCCUCAACCACCCCCACCCACCAAAGAGCUGUCUAACUCGGCAGCCUGGCAGCACGGCAGUUCUCCAAGUCACACUUUAAAGAAGGAGCCUGGGACCAAAGUUGCCGCUGCAGAGCCAAGCACCAGCCUUCAGGACACUCCCCGUUCUGCUACAGCCACCACCACUGCCAUUGCCACUGCCACCACCACCGCUACCACCAGUGCCGGACACAGUGACUGCAGUAGCCAUAAGGCCCGGCCUGGCCCUGACCCCAGCCCUUCAAAGACUAAGCACCAAGACAGGUCCCUCUCCUCACAGAAGCAGAGUGCUGGGUCUGUAAAAGGCAAAGAGCCUGUCACUCAACCCCUGGGUGGUUCCAUCAGAGAAGGCAAGGGUGGCGGCGGCAAGGGUCCAACGGACACGUUUUCUACUGUCCUGGCCACCCAGGGCAAAGCAAGUAAUGUGCUCGUGCAGGGAGAAGGUAGGGUCUCCAUCAUACUCCAUGCUGAAGAGUGUCCUCUCGAUGCCAAACUGAAAACCACCAAUGGAGGGUGUCCCCCAGAGAUGCAGGCGAAACAUCCACCCAGACAAGGACAUCUCAGCGAAGCAGCAGACCAGAAGCCUCUCUCUGCUGGUGAGAAGCAAAGCCCGUCUCCAAAGCAUCCCAAACCAUCCACUGUGAAAGAUUACCCCAGUCUGUGCAGACAGACAGACAGGAGCCCGAGUCAUCAGACUGCCACUGGGGACAGGAAGGCAGAAGGAAAGAAAUGCACAGAAGCACUUUAUGUCCCAGCCCCAGAGGGCUACAAGCCGGAGGCCAGCCCUUCUCUCCACCACGGCGAGUCCGGACCCAGAGGCCCAGAGAGGCCAGCCACGGGCAUGGGGAAGGGCUUCUCUGAGUCCAAGGGGAAAGGACCAGGUCCCCAGAAGCCACUGGCUGAAACGGGCAAGCCCGGCGGUAUGAAACGGUCACCCUCUGCCACUGUGCAGAGCUCUCUCCGCUCGGCUGCCCCCCCAGAAAAGUCUCUGAGCUACUCAGCCAGCUUUCCCGAGGCCCAGCCUGGAGGAGUGCGAGAGGUCCCUGCAGCCAACAGCAGCCCCUCAUCUGCCAAGGGGGCCAAGGCUCUAGCGGGGACCUCAGAGUUCCCAGCCCCCAGCAGCAGGGACCACAGGAAGCUUCAGUCUGGAGGAGACGGCCGAAGCCAAAUGAUAAAGAGCGACUCUCUGCCCUCCUUCCGUCUCUCCAACUCUGCUCUGGAGUCACAUCUCCAGGAGCCACAGGUGCCCGGCGCAGCAGCAGGCCACCGAGACAGGGCACUGUCAGUCACUGCUGCUCCAGGAGAACCCAAAGGGAGAGAGCUUGCUCAGCCUCCCCCAGGCAGGAAACAGAAUGCGGGCAGAGAGGUGACCAGAGCACCCCCGGCCCCAAGCACAGAUCGCUCCCUCCCUCUUUCCUCAGAGAAGGACUUCGUGGUUCGGCAGAGAAGGGGCAAGGAGAGUUUAAAGAGCAGCCCUCACAAAACGGCAUCCUAACGGGCAGCUCUGGUGGCAUGGCUAUGAGACCCAGCCCGAGCAUAGCCGGGCCUGGGUCUUUGUCACCUUACAAACCAGCACUGUAUGGGAGUGUCCUCCAAGCAGAGCCCAGAGGCUCACUGAGGAGAAGGAGAGACAGAUAAAAGAAAAAAAAAAAAGGGAAUUCUUCCAGAUGCCUUCCCAGUAGUAACCGGUAAAACUGUCGCCAGAUAGUGUUUGUACAAAACCUGCCUUCCCAGCGGUGUGUUGGUGAGGAAGAGAAUCUCUGUACAUAACCUAGCGAUGUGUUCGGUUCGGGAUGUAGGGUGUGCACCUCGCAGCCGACCACCUUGUUGACCGAAGCGUUUCUAAAUUGAACGUGUUUGCUUUUACCACUUCACCAUAAUGUAGUAAUAAAGCGAAGUGGUCAGGCUGGGGAGAGGUGUGUGAAAAAUAGAAACCCACCCGUAACUGCGUGUGUACACCUCCACCUAUGUGUUUUGGUCUGUGGUUUGAGAAUAGUUCAAGGCUCCAUUUGUAGAAGUAGAGUUAAAGAUGAAAGGAAGCCCUAACUACAGUAGAUGGUGAGGUUUUAUGUGUGUGUGUGUGUGUAUUUAACCAGGAUUUCUGAUCGUACUGAAUCUGGCUACCUGUAUUUCUGAGCUGCUGCUUUUGGACCCCUCCGCUGGGAGUGGCCAGGACAGGGGGAGCUGGGCAUCUCUUUGACAGCCCUCGUAGGGGACAUUUUGACCCUCAGGUCCAAGUGGCCCAAAAGGCAACGGUCCUUGUCUCUGGGUUCUAUGUCUGGUCUUCACCGGAGGGCACGCAGGGACUAUAAACACACUGCAGGUCAGCUUUCUUUCUUCCUUUCUCUCCUUCCCUCCUUUCUAAGCUCUACCCUCAGGCCUUUAUGCUGUGAGUCCAAGAAGCACAUAUUCGUGGCAGGCGCUGGACCAGCCCUGACGGUGAGGAAACAGGCAAGUCCCUGGCUGCACACAAAUCUGCUAGCACUUAGGUGGGGCGAUACGCAUUAGGCAUUGGAAGAGGCAUUAACUUUGCUUUGGUUGAAGAAGAGGAAAGGGGGGGUGGAUUUUGGCAUCAUAGCAUAUAUAUUAAAGAAUAAUCAGGACAUCAGAUACAUUUUAAUACAUAGCUGGGGCCUUAUGUUGUAGAUGAAGCUUGCUGUUUUUUAGCAAGUUCCUGGGUUUCACAGUCAUUUCUGAUGCAUCGAGUAGCUCCAUGCAUUUCAUAACACAAUCUCUUUAUUUGUAUGCAAAAAAAAUUUUACUGUAUUAAUAAAGAGCAUCAUUUUGUAACAAAGAGACUGGAGCUAUUUGGUGCUUGAAUGUGAACAUCCUUUUUACUUUUGCUAAGCCUUAUUUAAAUUUUGUAUACCAUGAAAUACGUAGAAUUCGUCAGAUCAUUUUAGCUCUGAGGGUUUUUCUGGGUUGUUUCUGUUGUUGUGAUGGUUUUUUAUGUUUUGUUUUGUUUUGUUUUGGUGGGUUUGGGUUUUUUGUUUUGUUUUUUUUAACGGCUUGUUUUGAAUUGUAAGAUGGCACUUGCUGACUAAGACACAAUGCAGACAAAUUUUUAUAAGAUGCUUGGGAUCCAUAACAAGACUUUGUUCUAUAAGAGGAAAAAAAAAAUUACAAAUGAAUAGUGAAUCUAGCUCCAGACCCCUCGGGGGUGUCUUGGUGUCUGUACACCAUAGGAUUGUUUAUGUGCGUACAGCCCUGUGGAUUGUAAAUCACCUGGCGAGGUUGUAAGCACUCCAGAAACAAAGGCAUCACAUCACCAUCUGCCGGGUUGCCCUUGGUUGCCAAGCCAGUUGGUGAUGGCAAAAGGAAAGGAAAAGGGAGUUUCUGCUCCACCCCUGUCUCCCCACCCCCAGACAGCUCCAGCCAUCCCUCCAUCACUACAUAGUGAAACUGUAGAACAAAUAUUUUUUUUACAAGAACUCCAAUGGGUCUCAAAAACUGGUCUCAAAGCUCAUAGUGCAUAUCUGGUUGGCAGAUCUAACAGCCCAGUCCUCCUCCACUCAGAGAUCACGACACGUCUGUUCAGGGGUUAGUUCAUGGUUUACAGACUUUGCUUUUUAACUGUCCCGUUUUCUUUAAAGCACAGCCAGCUGCUUGUUUACAAAGGAUAUUUUUAUGUAUAUUUUGUAUAGUGUAUUAUCAUUUUGCCAAAUUUGUUUUUGCAUUUUGGACGAGUAAAGGAGUACUUAAAGGUUGCUCACAUGUGAUACCUGUUCGUUGUUGUGAAAUCUCCCCGCCCCCCCCCCAACCAGCUGGUAGGAUUUCUCCCAUGUUCCCUUUGGUCAGUCUUCGUGUGGUUGUAAGAUGUGCCCCCUCAGUAGCGCUCCCGGCUGUAGACUUACCAGCUUCAGUUUGUUAGGAUCUGUGCAAUAAAGUGUUUGCAGUCUUAUUUUCUCUGAGAACUACCCCCCCCCAUGAAUGUCAUAAUUGUUGUAUAUUGAACAAAUAUUUAUACUUAUGCAGUUGCAUAACAUUGAAUAAAAAUUU